CCUAAAGGUCAUUACAUAAAUAUAGAACAUCAACACAAAGGAAAUCAACUUAUCCACGGUCGCCAACAUCGCUACUUUUCCCUGAUUCGUCUAAAACAGCUUCUUAAAGCCAAUUACCGUCCGAAAGUGCUCCACUAUUGUUUAAAUAAAUUGCGUUAUUAACAAUAGCCCGUAAAAUUUAAACAUCGUUCCGCAAUUGUUGUUUAAUUCGCGCUAGUUUCGAAUUUUCGUCUCGCUGGGUUGGCAAUGGCACAGCUUGACAUUCAUUUGUGUAUACAAGCCAGUUAACGUCAGAAAAGUCGCUCUAGGACCCUCGUAACUUUCAUUAAAAAAGUAAUUUCCCAGUGUUGUGCAUUCUCAGUGUUUAAAAAAUGUUCGAUUCGUCGUUAUCUGAACACUAGCUAAAGUGAAACCCCGUGAAAUCCUUGUUUGGUGUCAACAAAUAGUGGACUCGCCCAUUUUCGCUCCCAAAGCUAGCGUAAAAACUCGAAAACCCCACAGACUCGGCUCGAAUAGUGUUUUUCUUUUAAUUUCCACCGCAAAUUGUAAUGUGCCCAAAUCAUUUAUUGCGGAAAUCGGUGAAGCGCACUUUGGUCCCGUCGUAUAGUUUGGUCCACUCGAAAAGAAAAGGAAUAUUCAUACAUCCCACAGCAAUGUUCAAAAACUUUUCGAGAGUCAGUGUCUUAAAUCCGAUAUCGACGAAAUAAACACAUAUCCGUCUACAGUACAAACGUUGUGUAUAAAUCACCAUGAAACUUCUCGAGAGUACAAGAUUCGAAGCCAUCAACAACCUGCUUACAAUCCAGACCGGGGACAGCCAGAUCAUCGGUCGCAUAGAAAGCUACUCGUGCAAGAUGGCCGGGGCGGACAAGGCGCUCUACAAGCGCUUCAACCCCGAGGGGGUGCACCCAAAUGACUUGCAGGCAUUGUCGCCCCCUGAGGGGGUCUCUCCUGGCCAUUCGCAGUACAGCAGGAGCGUCUCGGGGGAUGAGGAAGGACCCCUUUGCGACACGAUCAGUCGCAAGACUUUGUUCUACCUCAUCGCCACGCUGAAUUCGGCUUUCCCCGAUUAUGAUUUUAUGGAUGUGAAGAGCCACGAGUUCAGUAAGGAGCCUUCUCGCCAGUGGGUCGAAAACGCGAUCGAUUCGAAUUUGUUCGCCACCGCCGGCGAGCAGUACCGGGGCUUGGGCACGUCCCUGUGGUCGGCAAUCAACGACGAAAUCUCCCUCGAAGAUUGCGACAUCUACUCGUACAACCCAGAUCUGGCAUCCGACCCGUUCGGCGAAGACGGCUGUCUUUGGAGCUUCAAUUAUUUUUUCUACAACAAGCGACUGAAACGUAUCGUUUUCUUCACGUGCAGAGCAGUAAAUCCGUUCAACAUGGAUUGCGGUUACGCAACCGAUUUCAUCAUGGAUGAAGUAGAUAUCGCUUAUUAGGUCACCCAGUGUCCGUCGAUGUAAUUUUAAUGUGUUCAGGUUAUUUCCCGGUGUUUUAGAUGUUCGUUCGUACUAUUUCGGUUACUAUUUAGUAGUUUUGGUGAGAGCAAAAGUACAAAAUCUUUUUAAAAGUCGUUAUUUUGGAAUUUCUAGGUUAAGGUCACAGAGGAUUGUUGUGGUAUUAUUUUUAUUACUAUGUAAUCGCAAGGCUUUAGAGUAGUGUUAGUAAGAUAGAUUUUUAUUGAAAUUUAUUUUUGGUUACAGGUAUUGUUCGAUCUCACACCAUUAAUAUGACUCAAACACGUCUAGUUAUUAAUGCAAUAUUGUACAAACUACAAGUUUCACUUAUUUUUAGUACUAAAAUGUAUAGAAUUAUGUAUAUGUAUCUAUUUUCUAAAAAGGCACCGUUUGCUUGGAGUUCAAAGUUUAUUUCCAAGUGCCAUUCUGAUAGUGAGUUAAUUAUAUUGUAUGAUCUGAUCAACAUGUUAUUUAGUCAGUUAA